AUGUUCUUACAAGUGUUGUCAUUAGCUUUGGGCUUGGUGUUAUGCUCAGGCUCACUUAUCCCUGAACAAUUUACCGGUGUUCAAAGUUACAAGGUAAGUGGCGUCACUCUUACGCUUAUUUUAGGUGAUUGGACAUCUUCUUUGUGGCACAGAACCUGCUAAAAAUGUGAGAGUAAAAUUGGUGGACGACGACUUUGGUAUGUACAAUUUAUGUUUCAGUAUCGGUUAUAGGGCCCGAUCCCGAUGAUGAUUUGGAAAGUGGAUAUACUGAUGAAAAUGGAUUCUUCAGUCUCGCUGGGGACACCCGAGAAGUCACAACCAUCGAUGUUCAUCUCAAGAUAUACCACGAUUGCAAUGAUCUCCUGGUAAGUUCUUAUUUUAUAUAACUUUCGUUGCAGCCGUGUCAACGACGAUGGAAGUUCGAGCUGCCCAAUAGUUAUAUAACCAAGGGCCCGGUCCCAUCCAAGGUUUUGGAUAUUGGGACUUGGAAUCUAGAGGCCAAGAUGCCAGGCGAGGGACACGAUUGUAUUCAUUAA